UUCUGUGAGAUUAACCUCUCUGAUCCGGUAUUAUCAUUAUCGGUAUACAAAUUCCAAAAUAUUCUCAGGAAAUCACAAAUGUAGAUCUAUAUUUAUACUGUAAAGUAUUGAAUGAUGUUGAAUUAUUCUAUAUAAAUUGAGGGAAAUAUGCUGAUUAGAAAGUUAAAUAAGUAUUUACCUACUAUAACCAAAACAUACAUGUCGAACUUUUAGGUAUCAAAUCUUCAAAAAACACAAUAUAUCAAUCAUAUUCGUAAAAUGGCACUUCCCAAAAGCCGUUCCAACCCAAUUAUAAUGAAAUUAGAUUCCCCAGAAUUCAAAUCAUUAUUCAGUGAAGAGUUAAAGUGUCUAAUAUCCAUAUUCAAGGAAUAUGGAUAUGAAAUAAGAAUGGCUGGUGGUGCUGUCAGAGAUUUAUUAAUGGGAAAAAUACCAAAAGAUGUUGAUUUUGCCACUGUUGCAACUCCUGAUCAAAUGAAAGAAAUGUUUACAACAGAAAAUAUCAGAAUGAUAAAUAUGAAAGGGGAAAAACAUGGUACAAUUACACCAAGAGUAAAUGAUAAAGAGAAUUUCGAAAUAACUACUUUGAGGAUAGAUGUAUUAACAGAUGGGAGGCAUGCAGAGGUUCAGUUCACGAUGGAUUGGAUGCUUGAUGCUUUUAGAAGAGAUUUAACUAUAAAUUCAAUGUUUCUAGGCAUUGAUGGUACAGUAUUUGACUAUUAUUUUGGAUAUGAGGAUAUAAAAAGCAAUAGAGUUGCUUUUGUUGGAGAUGCAACAACAAGAAUUCGCGAAGAUUAUCUCAGAAUAUUGAGAUACUUUAGAUUUUAUGGAAGAAUUGCCAAAGCACCUAAUAACCAUGAAGAAUUAACACUGAAGUCGAUUGAAGAAAAUGUACAAGGACUUGGAAGUAUAUCUGGAGAAAGGAUAUGGAUGGAAUUGAAGAAAAUUUUAGAAGGAAAUUUUGCUGGAGAAAUUAUGCUAACCAUAAUUGAAUGUGGCUUAUCCCCUUAUAUUGGUCUUCCUGACAAACCUAACAUUGAUGAGUUAAAAGUAGUUUGGAAAAGGAGUGGUCAUCUGAAAAUGAACGCCAUUACAUUAUUAUCUUCUCUACUUUGUACUGUGGAAGAUGUAGCUAAACUCCAUAUACGUCUCAAAUUAUCAGCAUUUGAAAGAGAUUUAGCUUAUUUCAUUAUUGACAACAGAAAUCCUAAACCAAACAAUGAUCCUUUGUUGCCCUACAAAAAAUUGCUUUUAAAAAGUAAAACUAAACAGUCUGAUACAAGAGAAUGGAUUAUCGAAUUACUCAAAUACAAUGAUUUUCCUCAUUUAGAAGAAUUCAAGGCUUGGAAAAUACCGAGAUUUCCAAUUAGUGGAAUCAUGUUGAAGGAGAAGGGUAUAGAAAAUGGCAGAUUCAUGGGUAUUGUAAUAAAUGAACUGAAAGCCUAUUGGGUUGAUAGUAAUUGUGUUGCAACUGAAAAAGAAUUAUUAGACCAAUUACCAAAAGUUCUAGAAUUGUUGUCAGAAAAAAGAAAUAAUAAAUAAUAUUUCAAUA